GUCCCAAAGGCCUCACUGUUCCUGUCGCGUGGCCCGCUCAGCUGGGCUUGGCUGGGCUCAGCUCUCCGCUCCCACCCGUUACCAGGACGACCGUCUCCCCGCAGCCCAGGCUGCCAGGACUGGCGCCAUGAGCUCCCCCGACAAGGUGUCCGUUUGUGGGGCAGGUUUCGACCUGGAGGGUGGCAAACAGGCUGGCUCCCACACGACCAGCCCUGGAGCCCCAGGGGCCCACAGCCACAGCCUCGAUUUGGGGGUGCCAGGCAGCGGCGAGGGCGAGAGUGAGAGUGGGUUCACAGAUCCCGAGGGCUUCAGCUUCGAGUCUGAGAGCGAAUUGAUAGAGCAAGGAAGGGUGGUGCUCUGGGGCCGGGAAGGCCGGCCAGGCACCCCAGUCGAUGACCAAGGGGACGUUGUGGACUACUCAUUCUACCUGGCUGACGAACCAGCCGCCAUUGUGCCGCCGCCCAGCGUCCAGGGACACCCGUUCCCAGAUGGCGCCGCUGCCAAAGGGUCGGCUGACAAUUGGGCGGACGCGGAGGUCGGUCCCAGUGGGAGAGACGCGCUGGGCCACAGCCCUGGAAAAUGGCAGCAGGCCUCUGCUGGCCCUCUCCACCUCUGUGGUCCUGGGCCAGUGCAGGCCUGGAAGAACCCGGAAAGGGGCUCGAAGAGCAGAUGGAGCCUCCGCAUGGAUCCCCAGCAGCCCUCUGCGAAAGGCCCCACCAGGCUGUCUACCCACGACUCUGAUUCCGCAGAUGAGAGCAGCGACUUACCACUGAUGCGGGUAGGCAUUCGCCGCAACGAAGGAAGCCAGGCCAAGCCCGGGAGCCCCAAGAAGCGAGCAGACACAUCCACACAUGCAAGCUUCCACUGCAAGGAGAGUUACCUGCCUGUGCCGGGCCGUUUCCUGACCUCUGCUCCCUGCGGACUCACUCCAGCCGUAAAGAGGCCAGCUGUGGGAGAGCUGGAGGACUCUCCCCAGAAGAAAAUGCAGAGCAGGGCCUGGGAAAAUGUGGAGGUCAGGCCCAGCUGCUCAGGAGCUGCCGCUGCAGGGGCCCUGCCCCAGGGCCUUUCGAGGAGGAAGAUGGCCCAGGGGAAGAAGUCCCUAGGGGGUGCUUCUCAGCUGGCCCCAGGGAGAGCCUUUCCUGCCUGCGGAGAGAGACUCUCAGCCGCUCCCCCGGAGCCGGCCACCUUCCCGCCAUUCUCUGGUGUGCGGCCACAGGGGAUGUCCAAGAAACCCCAAAAGCCUAAGUACAGCAGCCCUGGGAAGAAACCAGCAGGGAGGAAGACCAGGGAGUCCCAGGCUGCGGCCAGAGAAGAUAAUGACCCAAAUAGAGAUGAGGUCCCAAGGGCCCAGCUUCCCACACACAGGCCAGGGCUGCCUCGCCUGUCUGUGCGUCGUGGAGAAUUCAGCAGUAGCGGCCCCAACAUCAGGGCUCCCCAACCUCCGGGAACUUCAGAGCUCUCGGCCUACAGCCUGGGAGGCCUCGUGCCCAGACACCAUGCACCCUCCGGUAACCAGCAGCCGCCUGCCCAUCCCCCAAGACCGGAAAGGCAGCAGCAGCACCUGGGAGCCCAGGGCUGUCCUCGGUGCAUCCGGCUACAGAGGGAAAUUGAGGACCUUUCACAGCAGCUAGCAGCCAUGCAGUUCCUCACUGACAAGUUCCAGGACCUUUGAAAUUUGAGCCAGCAUCUUCCUACAAGACAAACAGCUGCCACCUUUGGAGCUCCAGAGCUGCAGCAAGUGGCUUCCCUCUAUAUCCUGUUCAGCCAUGGCUUCCUCUCUUCCGCUGCAUUGGCUCACUUCCCAACGCAGUUCAAAGCAAUUUGAAAUAAAGUCAUUCUCAUA